CGUUGUUUCCAUUUAUGCGUAGUGUUUUAGAUAUAUUUUCUCAAAGAUACUAAUUUUUUUUAAACCUUGCUGCUUUCUUUUAUCCUUGUUUAAAAAAAAGGAUAAUUGAUAAAUGGCCGAAGUGUAUUUCCAAUUUUAGCAUUUUUAUCCGUUAUUGUAUAAUUUAUGAACAUACGUAAAUGGAAAAAUGGAAUAUGAAGGAUUUGAAAUUUGUUAUCACCAAAGGUUAUAUUAUCACGGGAGUAAACAAUAAUUUAAGCUUCUAUCUGUAUUCAGUAAUAACACCAUAAUUGAUUCACUAUCUAAAUAAUAGAUUGGGAAGUGUGUACGUUUGAAAAUGAUUUUCAUCCUUGCGAUUGAUCUGGUGUGACUGAAGAAUCGGCCUUUUUGUGAGUUCGGCUGCGUCUGCUGUCGUACGCUUGCGAACUUGGCCCGACGUCGGUGUGAAGGCGAAGCGGAGAGUUUAUGUUAUUGAAUUAAUUUCCACUAGAGUUGUGAAUUGAAAUGAGUAGAUCGGCCCUGUGUUAGUCUCGUCUUUUGGAGGAAAACAAGCCCGAGGAUUAGGACCACCGGCUGGAAAAAGCCCCUCAAAAUCAACCCGAGUCGGUCUUAACCUUCAAUAAGAAAAAAUGGGCGAGAACGUCGACUGGAACGAAUCAAACGUUUACAAAAUCCUGCCAAACUCAUUUAAAGCCCAUGUCAUAUCUUUCCAACCGUAUUUAAGAGGUUUUAACGCUGUACUCAGACUCAACAUAAUGAACAAGAUUCAAGCAGAUGACUGGCUUAGAGAUUUCAGCGAAAAGAGUUUAACCAACUAUCGAGUCGACAGGACAUUCCCAGAGAAUACGCCCAAGCUUCUGUUCAAAAAAGAAUUUAGGUGUUUGCACAACACAAGACCUACAUCUCACAAUACAAGGAAACCACAUUCAAAACAUACUGCUUGUAAUGCCAAAGUCACUAUUACAAUCAAACAGCAGGGCAUGAAAAGGAGUAAGGAUAAAUAUCUGAAAGACUUUCCAUGUGAGAUUAUGUUGCGACACAUCCACAAUCACCCACUUUCAUGUUCAGAGUCAUUAAAGCACAGACGUCCAAGCAAAGAAGUUGAAAAUGCCAUUAUGGAUCUUUUCUCACAAGGGCAUUCACCGACUUCAGCCCUUGACAAAUACAAGUGUCGUCUACAAGAGAUUCAUGGUGAAGAUUGUGAAGAGAUUCUUGAGGAUGGCUCGCUCUUUCCUUCACAGAAGUGGUGCUACACCCUUUACUACAACAUGUAUAAAAAGCAGAACACAGGAAAUGAUACCAAUGGAGAGGAGGAGAUGGAGGGAAAGACCACUGAAGACAUAGCGAAUGUCAAGCAUGACGAGGGUGAUGUAAAUAUGCAAUAUGAGCCACUUGUCAAGACUGGUGUUUAUUGACCACUGCAAACAAAAACAAAACAGAAGUUUAGAACCAUUUGUAUUAGCCCAAAGUUGAAUAUCAGUCUUAUUUAGUUAUUAAGUUUUUUGGUCCAUUUGUUGGAAAUGAAUAAAAGUUGUCUUCUGAAUGUUGGUAAUUCAUCUUUUAUUAAUAGUAUUUAUUUAAUUAGUUAUUUUAAUGAAAAUAGGCUUGUGAUAAUUUUAUUUGAUAAAUUUUCACAGAUAGAUAAGUUUACAGCACAGCUAAGUGUUUUUGUAUCAAUGUUUAAGAUGAUUAGAUACAUUUUCUUCCAACUUUUUAUAUACAUUUUUAUAUGUUCACAUAAUAUGCUUACCAUUCAUGGUUUACCAGCUAUAGUCAUAGACUUAAUAAAAAGGAAAUAUAGACAUGUAUGAACUACUUAUGUUAGAUCUCAACCUAAUGUUGUAAUGAAAAUGAAGUGUAUUAUAUAUGUGAAAUUAAUUAAUAAAAUUGAUUUUUCUUUUA